AGCUCGAUGAGCCACCAAACUGUGGGGCUCGCUCAGGCUCGCCCCAUUAAACAGCUUCAGUGUUUGUAUAUAACUAUGAAUACUGAAUGGACCAGAAGUAGUUUUAAGAUUUUAAAAUUAUAGUAACUAAUACUGCAACUUUUUCGAAGAAAAGUCAUUUUAUUGGAGCCAGAAAUAUCAGUCAAAUUUUUUUUUUAAAUUUUAGAAAAAUUACAGAAGAAAGAUAAAGAAAUUAUACAACUUCAGGCACAACAUCAAAUUGAAAUAACAAAUAUUAGAAAAUCUAUGGCCAUUGAACCUCCUCAAGCUGCAGUUAAACCAACCUUGCCACUGGCACAUAUUGAUAAAAUUAGCACGUUGAGGUACAGCUGAAUAUUUUAGAAUUUUUAUACAUAGGUUAUGUUAAAUUGUAAAGACUGAGGGCCAUAUUCUCUGCAGAUCAUAUUGUUUUGUUUUACGCACAAGGUGGAGGUUAUUGUUCUGCUCAUAGGUUCUGCAUGCUGUAUAAUAGCUGGGUAACAGGUUUUCAGUUUCGAAUUAUAAUAAGCUGUUACAGUAUAUAUACAUCGGUUAGUAUUUUAAUCUGGUAUUUGAUUUUUACUUUGCAAAAAGACCUCAUUGGUAGGACAUUUUACGUAUUUCAAGUUUUCAAAUCGCUGCUUAUGUUCAUGUUUUGAAUGAAUUUUACAUUCUUCUCUAACAUCUAAUUGAUUUCCAUUAACAAUGACCCGUCUGCAUUAUAUUCUAGCUGAGUAGUACUGAAAUAUUCCUCUCAGUGAUGAAAACUGUGGUGCUUGGCAGUAGCCUGAGGUCAGGCCAUAUUUUUCCUUUUUAAGUGCUGGUGGAUGGAAGGAAAAACAGGGCUUGACACAAAUCCCCAUCUGGCAUGUCAAAAGGCCAAAAUCCGGCUUUUCACCCGAUUGAUCUAUCAAACAGAUUUUAAUCUGUCUUUUUAAUCGGUUAAUGCUAAUUAGAUUAUACUGUUAUAAUUCAUAAUAUAUUUAGCAGUUUCAACUAGAAUUAGAUACCCUGGGACAUUUUGAUUGGAUGCUAAAUAUAAACUUUCUUUGGGUGCAGAGUAGCCUGUGUACAGACUGACAGUAUUAUGCUGUGAUACAGUCUGUAAAAUUCGUGGCAUUGCUUGUCGACCCCCAGCAGCGCUACCCAGAUCUGGGUAUUUGAUUCUGAUUGGUCACGACUGAACGUAAUGGAUUUUGAUUGGCUGGUCUUAAAUAUCAAUGAACGUUGGACUUUGACUUUCAACCAAUCAGAAUCAACUACCCAGAUCUGGAUAGCGCAGCUGGCGUCGAGAAGCAAUGCCACGAAUUUAUUAAUUAAUUUUAUUAGACUUAUUACAGCAUAAUAUACUGUAGUCUGUACCCCAACUAGGUGCAGAGCGACUUGUUUAAGGUUUGUGUCAGGCUCUAUUUGCAAAAUUGAGCAAUGAUGUAUAUACUGUACACAUGUAUUUUCAUUUUCCCAUUGUAUAUAACUACUAGAAAAUACAUGCAUGCAGAAACCCUCGCCUUGCUGACAAAACCGUUGUAUUUUCCGAACAUGAAGUAUCUAAAGUAGUUGUCAUGGUAACACGAUAAUUUUUUAAGAAUAUUCUUACAAAUGAAAAUCGCCUAAAAAUAUCACUUUUAAUUACAAAAUUAUCAAUUUCCCAACAUAUUUAUGUUAGGUAUGUAAUUAUACGUAAUACAAGCUUCAAUUUAAAGUAAAAUUCAACCACAAACAAUUCACAAAACGUUUUAAAAUGUUCUUUAUAAAACUAAACUGCCUUUAUUAACUAUUAAAUGGCUUUAUCGAUAAACUUUGAGUUUGCAAUAAAAUAAUUUCAAAUUCUCGCUUGCAAAUAACUUUGCUUUAUUUUUUAUUUAAAAAAUUCAAUAUAAUAAAAAAGUGAAUCAAUAUUAAAGAUACACUGAAAUUAUAUUCUGUCUUGUUUAGUUGUUUCAUAUACGCAAAGGCCGUCGGGUUUUAAAGCCAUUAUAAAAUCAAUAUUUAAAACAAACUUACCUUCGUUAACGUCGGUUCCAUUCUUUUAGCUGAUUCUUUCGCCCUUUCUUUCUUGAAAUUUACAAAAUCUUGCAGAAAUACAAGCAAAAAUGAAGAAUAUUUGCAAGAAAUUUAUCAACUCAUCAAAUCAAGAAAUGUUUGCUAUUUCGCUGUCGUCAUGCAGCCGUUAUAAUGCAAACUUUAAAUUGGACCAAUCAAUGUCCGUUAUUCAUGACAGUCCGUCAUAUUAUUGAGAUCAGUGAGGAUGACCACCCAUCGUUGGUGACCGACGCCCGCGCUCACUGAUGAACUUUAGACUUCGCUAAUGCUUUCGUUUCCCCGGGUGUAUUUAGCCGGGGGGAAUUAGUACCCUCGCACGGCGCUUCCCGCCGCCGGCUCGGGGAUUAUAUAAAUCUCACAUGAAAUUGUUUUCUAACUCUGUCCAUUAUUUCUCGCCAUGAUUUACGCGUAAUGUAAUAAUUUUUUAUCUCUCAAUUUUCAGAGGAAAAGCGCAUAAGUUUGGUACAUGGAUAAUAUACUACUUGUGAAACUUACUAUGAUGUAUGCUGUAAUUUGAUGUUUCAAACUUUAUAGGUCAUUUAAUGGAUUCAAGUUGGUCCAUUUAGAUUUGAAAGGUGCAGCUCCAAAAAUGGCUUAUCUUUUGAAGGUAUUGUUGUUUUAUUGUUCCUGUUGUCCUGAGUGUUUAAAAAAUAAUAGAGUUUCAAGCAAAAAAUAUACAGUUGUGAUGGUUGGCACGGUGGAUUUAUAGCCAUUUAUUCCCUAUCUUUCGUAGUGUUCUUCUUUUCCUGUAUUCGUCCAUAUUUCAACAAGGUUUACCCCUUGUUGUUUAAGCAUUCUCCUUCGCCAACAUAUUUGAAAGGCGUUCAAGAGAGUUAACAUGCUGUCUCUUACCGCUGAGUUAAGCCUGUUACUGUAGGUUGAGAGUAGGGAUUUACUUAGUUUGGGUAUAACUUCCCUGUACAUCAAUAACUCAUGUAAGUAGGAUUGUGUUAUUUAUCUUCUGUGCCUUGAAGGUUUUUCUUCGAGUUAUCAGAGUUUUCUCUCGCAUAAAACUAACCCUUAGUCCUUCUUUGUCGACCCUUAGGCCCUCUACUCGCUGGGUAUAAUUGGGCGCACCACACCCUGUGUAGUCGGCAUCUUAGUUCUAGAAGGAGAAGUUCCGAACAACUACAUAUAUAAAUUAUAUAAACUCCUACAAUUGAUUGCAGUAUGUUCUUAUUCCUAUUAAUCAUGUUUCCUGCCAAAGUAUGUCGGAAAUGUAGGAUUUAUGCGAAAUACCUACUGCUCAAUUACGAUUUUGAAUAUACAUUGAUCUUGGAAAGGUCAUUCGGUACCAGCAAAUAGCAAAUAGCGAGAUCACCAAGUACCAAAACUGUACGUGGGAAUUGGCUGAAAAAGAAGAAGUACCAAACUGCAGUUUUUGGUAACGUUGGUUACGUAAGAAUACGAAUCUGCUUUAGUCUAGGACCUCAUGUAUAUGAGUUUGUAUGCGUUUCAUUUAGCACAGGUAAUCUCAACUGUUUUAGGGUAAAAUGACCAUGGCGGUCAACAUGGCAUAUGUGCCAAAACCUGAAUCCGGGACGAAAGUCCUGAAAAUGACCCCGCCCUGAAACGGCAGUGUCGACAUAGCUUUAACUUCUGAAAACAAAAAGCGAUAUAGUCUUUCUGAUGUGCUUAUAGUGUUUAGAAGGGUUGCUUUUAGGGGUGGUCGUUGGAAGGAAAAAUUUGUCUAAGUAUAAUAUUUUACAAGAAAAUGACCAUGCACCACCCCAGGUAAAUUGCUAAUUAUGCAUAAAAUAACUAAUAUGCCUGGCAGAAAUUAAAUAUUCUUAUUUCCUAAAAAAAAUUAUAUCAUGGGGUGAAAAACUAUGCUUAAUUUAAUAUAAAUAUUGUUGAUUUCAUAAGGAUUGUCAUUGUUUUCUUUAAAUAUAAUACAUUCACUUACCCCCCACGAAAACACGAUUUCAGCCAUAUUUUGCCGUCUUGUUUGCUUUUUAUCGCCGAAUCUGGCAAAUAUCAUCCAGUUGUUGUACUUUUACAUAAUCAUAAAUGGCUGAAGAAGAUUUCAAAGAAGGUUUCAUCAAGUUUUGAAACAGUGCAAUGUAUUUUAUCUUCAAUAUUGUGUCCUUCGAUAUUUCGUGAAAUAUGGCGCCAUUGCAAUGGCUCGCCCCUUCGUUGCCCAAUAAAUACCACUUCUUCGUCUUCAUAUGUAUUUAGAUUGCAUUUUUAUCCAGGAGUACUUCAUUGUAGAAUAGUCCCAAUCCAAAAAUUGAAAACAUUAUUUGCACUUGGGAGGAAUAAACCUCCCAUAAUAGUUGUCCUGUCAGAAUUCAAAAGAAGUAAUUUAAAAGUCACGCGCAAGUUCGUGAAAACACCUCGUGGGCUACUUGACAGGGGGGGGGGGUGAAUAUUUUCACGAAACGUUUGUUCGCCACCACAGCAACCUAACUAAAUGUAUUAUAUUUUUUGUAUUUUUAUAAUUGAUGAUAAAAAUACGCAAAUAUUUAUUGUUUUUAUCAUAAAUCACAAAAAUACAAUAAAUAUAAUGAACCACUGUUCGAAUCAGCGUGAAAAGUUGUAUUUACGGAUGGAAAAAGAUAAGAAAUUAUACGUAUUACUAAACAACAGUAUUCUAGCGAUUUUAUGGCGUUUGAAAGACAAGCGAAAUUGUAUUGUUCACAAAUCGCUCAAAAUUAUUAAACUAAUUAAAAAUGCAAUACAUUUGACCUUGAUAACUUUCGUAUUGUUGGUUUUCUCUUUUUCGGCCGUAUACCACAACCUCGUUCCCAGGGUCUUUCUUAGAACGGCGCGAGGCGAAGGAAAGACCCUGGUUUCGGCUGGUCACGUGUCACCCAGAUUCUGGGUGAUAAAUUAAAAUGAUACUAUGGGCAGGGUGGGAGAGGAGCGUGUUUGUCGCGUUUGUAACAAUAUUUGCAAUUUUGUGUGAUGAAAUUUAAAUUUGCAAGAAGAAACUGCAAUUAAAAAUUAAUAUUUAUCGUGAUGUGACUUUCUGCUCUAUAAUCUAGUGUCGAGUUACAAUUCAAGCAAGUUGGAUCAGAUUUCAACUUACAAAGAAAGCACGCCUGGGCGGCGUGGCAAUAUUAAGCCUACAAGAAAAUUCAUAUCUCUAGACCGACCAAUGUGGUUUAUAUUUAUUUAACUGUUAGUAUUAAAGUAUAUCCUGAUACUCGGACCAAAAUAAUAUAUUUAUUGAUGAGAUGUGGAAUUGGAACGAAAUAGCGAGAUCUUUUGAUUUCCGACAUAUCGCCAAGACGCCAACUGUAUCGAGAUUGUUGAUUAUAAAGGCCUUAUCACAAAACUUAAAUCCCGUCAAAAGACUAUAAAAUUUCCUGCAAGAUCUCAACGAUCAUGGUAUAUAUGUCAAAGUCUAGCUGUCUGUUGAAAAUCUACGGUAUUACAGUAAAGUCAUACAUCAAAGAUAAGUCAAACGACAAUAUAUUUGUCUUACUGUUUACUACUGUGUUUAUACCACAUUUAUAAAUUUUAUAAACAGCUUUCGUUUUGACACAAGCUUUAAUUUUCUGCUUUAUAUAUAUUCUUAAUAAUACAAGUGAGAUUUAAAUUUUUUGCUUUGUGAAAUAGAAUACCGUUAUUUUUAAUGGACAGCUUGUAUCGUCUCUAUCAUAUCCAGGAUUGCUUGUGUGUAAAUACUAUAGUAUAGCCUACAUGUAUCACUAUAUAUGCCACUAUCAAAUAAAUAUAGAAAUAUAAUUUUAAUGAACAUAUUGAACUAGAAAUAAACAGAUGAUUGAGACACAAUGAAAACUGUUAGUAGCCUUAGUAGAAGUAGAAAACUCGAAAAUUUAUGUGUAUUCGUAUGGCAGUCUGUGCGCGUCUGACACUGUAAAUUUGUGAUGUAGAUUAUAGCCUAGUUGUGUGCAUAUUAGGAAAACAUUAUCUGACCAAGGAAAAGGCUAAAGCCUUACUAUAAUUAAUGAAUACGAAUUAUGUACUAAAUCCAAAAUUUUAAAGAUAAAUCACUGACAGACAUUUCUCUGUUUGGCUAGUAUCAAAUGUUUACAUUUGCUGAUAUUGGGCUCUACUCCUAGGCAAUACAAUACAAUACAAUACAAUACUGUUUCUUUUAAAAAUCUUAUAAACAAGACGUGCAAAGCAUAGCAACGUUUACAAAAAAGGACAAAUCUAAUGCGUGUUUUAAAAACAUUAGAUAUGUAGAAAUGGUGACCACUGAAAAGCCCAUAAACGUUUGUUAUAAAACCGCGCUCGAGUGUGAAGAGAGCAUUGAAUAAUAAUAACACGAGAAAGCACUGCGAGUAACGAUUUGCUUGGUUUCUUGACUUGACUGUUGGUAAAAAUGUAAGAAUGUUCUUGUAAAUUCAAUGCAAAUAAAAUAAACAAAAAUUAGCAAGUACUUUGAACUUACUCGUAAUAGUUCGCAAAAUUUAUGUUUUUAACUGUUUGUAAUUUGAUACUUUCACCACACCCCCCCUCGGGCAAUCAAUUUUGGACGAGGCACGUGACCAGCCGAUACCAGGGUCUUUCCUUAAGACCCUGGGAACGAGGUUGCGUAUACCAGUGGAUUCAUCUCACUUUUCUCUUUAUUUUGUUAGUAGUUUGAGCCCAAAAUAUUAUAUUUUGAAGGUUUUAAAACGCAGUUUUGAUCCUAACAAAGUCAUUUUGAGAAGUAACGUUUUACUUCGUUAUUUUCAUUUUGUGGCGAAGUAUUUCGUUACUUUCUAACUUUUGUUUAAUUUUACGUGAUCUAUUUCUGGUUUAUUUUAAUUUCGGGAAAGGUAAUACCAGGGCCGCCCAGAGGUUGGCGGGGGCCCGGGACAAAUUUUUUUUAGGGGCCCCUAUCUAAAAAACUUUAUCUCAUUUUUCUAUGCCAAAAUUCGGUAUUUUGUCCUUUGCGCGGAAAUAUUUAACACACAAAAAAGGCUGGGGCCCAACAAAAAUUUUUCAGGGGCCCCCAGCAACACGGGGCCCGGGGCAAUUUGCCCCCUUUGCCCCCUCUGGGCGGCUCUCGUUUAUGACUUACUUAUAUAAGAAUUAUUUAAUGCAUUUCUUAUAUCUUCAACGGGGUCUGGAAAGUAGACCAUGCCGUGAAAUAUUGUAUAAUUAUUCGGUGCACGCAUAUAAUGCGUGUUAUUAUACAUUUAAUAUGUAUUCUCGUUUCUAAUUGGUCAGAAAGCACCGGCUAAUUUUCAGUAUUUGGCAUUUAUUACGUAUUUUCCGCCGAUGACGUCAUCAGCGUCCAAUAAUUGUUUUUUUGGAUCGAACUUGCAUCCAAAAAAACAAUUAUUGGACUCUCUCGUGCCCAAACCCUUGCGCGGCCAAAAGCUUGAACCUAUAAGCGCGCGAAAAAACAAAACAAACAAUGGCCUACAGCAGAUUUGUUUCGCCGAAUGAAAGUGAACUCUCCAAAUUAUUGGCAGAUAAGGAUAGUGAAAGCACGAAAAAAGCCACAAAGGGGUAAAUAGAAGUAGAAAUAGAAUAUUUAGCUGACCUUUGACUUUGUGCAAGGUGUUUGAUACUCAAAUUGUACUUUUCCUACCUCAUGAACAGGAAUCGUUUUAUACCUUUCUCAUGUCUUUAAAUGUAUAAAACAAUUAUUGGAUUCGGCUUUCGCAUGAUAUCAAGGAUUAUUCUGACCUCGGUCUAUGUUAUCCGCCUCAGCUUCGCUUCGGCAGAUAACAUUGACCUCGGUCUGAAUAAUUCUUGAUAUCAUGCUCAGCCUCAUCCAAUAAUUGCUUAUUGUUUUGUGUCUUUUGUAUGUUAAUCCAUUGGAGAAGUUCCCUUCCCCCCUCUACGCGCUACAGACAAUAGUACUUUUACUUUGUACUUAAAGUAUUUUUUAAGGAUACUUUGUACUUUUUACUUAAGUACGCGCGUAUACGUUUUGCUUCCAGUACUUUUUACUCUUACUCAAGUUUUAUUGUUAAUUACUGAUAUUAUCUAAAGUGCGAGCUGCAAGUUGCGAGUAUAUUGUUAAUUUCUAAUAACCACGGGUUGAAUUAUUUUAACUUCAGUUGUACUUCAUCCUCGUUCCCAGGGCUUCUCGGAUGGUUGUACUUCUGAUGAAAAGGACUUGAGUUUAGGGUUCCGAGCGUUCAGUAUAUAUAUAAACAAACUGAGUCUGUGUCUGGUCAUACUUACUAAUAAAAUUAAACUGAACCAUUGUAAGAUUAGAAAGCACAAAAUGGUCUGGACAACUACUAGAUUUAAUUAAACACAGAAACGGCAAAUAUAAACUUACACUUUUAUUGUCAAUAUAAUUAUUUUAAUUCUUGAACAUACGUACCGAUGGAUCUAUAAACAUAGUAAACAAACAAGUAUAGCCGAUUUUCAUCUCGACCGUAUCGUAGCAUUUUCUUUUGUGUCGAAGUCAUUAGUUCCACUCUAGUGGUCAGGAAACAAAGAAAUACGCUACGCUUUGCUAGGAUACGGUUGAAGUGGAAAACCAGCUUAAAGUGCACGGAAAACGUGUUGAAACGAAUUUAGUUACAGGGAACUUAACUUCGAAGGUCAUUAAUAUUUAUGAAACAAAAAACCCUUCGACUUUGCCUUUCAUGUCGUCCAUAUUAAUAUACUUUCAAACCUAAUUCAAAGCGAGGCUCGCAACCCGCAGCUCGCAAAAUAGCCGACCCCUUAAUUACUUCUACUUUUACUCGAGUACAAAUUCAAAGUAAUUUAGGCACAACUGCAUUUUAGUACUGUGUCUGGUUAUACUUAUCGUUCGACUAUUCACAACGAUGUUGAAUUACUAGUAACUAUCGAAGUACUGUAUUAAAAUCUAGCCGUUUCUUAUUCUAUAACACAGUAUUUCAAAAUUACAUUAAUGUUAUUAGUAUUUGAUGUAAUUUUGUCUCGCGUAUUCUACUACAAGGUGUGUUUUCUAAAUCAGAAUGUAUGCUUAUCAGUUAUAAAGGGACGAACAUUUUUAUUGCAUAGUUACUUCCAGUGUUCAAGUCAUGGGGAGCAACGGGGUUGUUGGUUGAAUAUGAAGAUACGUUUCCUUAUGACGGAGAUCUCUCAGUUUUAAAAUCUCACUAUGCAUACAGGUACAAUAUACAUGAUAGGAUGAAUCAUAUAUUACUUAGUUCAGGGUAGGCAAGAAUCAUUAGUAGUGUUAUUGCCUUAUUGGCACAUCAGUAUUCAAAAACAUCUCUUUUUAUCAUUUUAGUCAUAUUUAUAUAGAUUACUUGUAAAUAAGUAUCCACUAACCUUCUGACGGAGAGCCUUCAUAAUAUCACUGCACGAGAAUAUGUUCUUGCUUUAAUAAACGUGCUAUUACUCUUUUAUUAACUACAUGAUUAUGUGAAACAAUACUUAAUCAUACAUUUAGUGUACAGGAAAUCACAGAAUUUCUAAAUGAAGUGAAAAAUCAAGAUCUUUUAAUGGUGCCGCUCGUUCAAACAUUUGGACACAUGGAGGUAUUAACAAUUGAACUAAUUAAAGGAUUGUACUGUAAGUUGCAGUUAAUGUUCGAAUCAGAUGUAGUCUUUUGCACAUGUGCAUUUGGUAUUGGCUAUUUUCAGCAAGCAUUAUGGGACAGCAAAUAGUGUUUAUGCUGAUAGGAGCAAGCAAAUUAGACUAGUAAAUGUCUCGUAUUUAUUUGUAUUCAAAUACAAGAUAUUACUUCUAUAAUGAAAAUAAUUAACAUCGUUUUAACACACUUGAUAUUUGAAUAAUCUAAAUCAUCUGCAUAGUUGGUUUGGAUGAAGAUGAAUAGAACUUGUUUGUUUUGUGGAAACCACCACGCUUAUUUAUUCGCCAAAACAUCCAAUCAGUGCAAUACGCCAAUAGACUUUACAGUUUAUUGCACUUUUGUCCAAAUGCAAUGGCCUCGUUAUUUUGGGAGUCAGUUUUGGAGAACAGUGCUAAAUAGCUAUAUAUAAAUGAAAGACCUAUAGGCACUAAAGACCUGACAAAAAUCACGAGUCUUAUACGUUAUGGUACUAUAAAGUCUUAUUUAAAAGGAGGCCACCUUUGGUUUUACCCUGUUUCGAACGAAAAUAACAUAUUUCGCAUCUCCAAUAGUCAAGUUACAAAACCGUGCUCGCAUUUUCCGGCAGGCUUUGUACUUACUUAGAUAUAAACCAGAGAAGAUAUUAAGUGCUCAUUCUGUUUCGGGGAGCAGUUAGAAAGCCGCACAUAAAUGGAAAAUAUUGCAUUAAAUCAGAAAUGGGAACACGGUUUUGCUCCUUUAACAUUGCCCUACAUUGUGACCACGUUUGGGAGAAAUUGAACAAAACGCAAGCUCAUAUAUUUCAAUCUGUUUUUGUAAAGGGAAUUGGCGAAAUUUUUGUGCCAAGAAAAAGACGAUAAACGAUUUGGCGGGGUUUUAGCAAUGUCUGUCAGACUUGCAUGUUAGACUAAAUUUUAAUCUAAGUAUAAAGAGAAGGGAAUCAAACACCACAGCUAAAAAGAGCAUAAUGAAAUUUUUAGUAAAACUGCAAAAUUUGUUUGUGAAAUGUUGUAAAGCUUGGAAAAUAUAGUCUUGCAAAAUUUGCAAAUUUUGUAUAUGUUUGUAUUACAUAUGGAAAUUGUUACGAGUUUCGGCUCAAAAUGGUAACAAUUUCCGCACGUACAGUAAUACAAACAUAUACAAAAUAUGCAAACUUCGCAAGGCUAUAUUUUCCGUAUUUUACAACAUUUCGUAACCAAAUUUUGCAAUUUUACUAAUUAAUAUAAGUACUUUAAGUUCUUUUAACAUGCAAAUUGUCUAUUGUACGUAUAUAUUUUGGGCCAAGGUGUUUUUAGUUGAUUAUAAGAACAGUGCUAUAGACACGCCCACGCAAACCAGAUCAGGUCAGAAAUCCGCAGAACGCCUAGCUUGGCAAUGCCAGCCGAAAGCAAAGGAAGGAAGGAAGCGAAACAAUUUCGAACUACAGGUCCUGACAUACCGGCGUAAUUUGACUACGCCUUAUUUGCGUGUAAAAUUCACGUUGUUGUAAAGGACCAUUCAUUAAUUAUGACUGGGGGUGGGCUGGCAAAAAAAGGGGGUGGGUCAUGAGGUAUUUUUGACCGAAAGAAGGGGGCCACCUAAAAAUAUUGGUUCAGAAGGGGGGGGGCAGUUAUUUAUUAUAUAGUGGUAUUAUAGUGGAGAAAAAUUUGACAUGUAACAAUUAUUGCUACCACAGCUAGGGAGUGAGCAAGGCAGCAAAUUUAAUUCAUGUAUAGCUAGCAAAAUUCUCAAUUUUAAUCAACAGAUAGAACUGAUAAUCGAACAUCUACCUUAUAACUUUUGCCAUGAACUUGCCAUAAAUUUUUGUCAUAUUUCAAUUAUGUACAUUUUAAUAAAAAAGAUAAUUAACGAGUAAGCCAUGACAAACUGCAAAGAAUGAAGAUAUUUCUCAUACUUUCCCACAGUGACCUCCUAACCCUAUACUCCUAACCGAUUUCACUCGUCAACGGGGAAACUCUGCUAGGCAUGUCCCGAUUCUGCUCGGCAACUUUUGAGCAACUUUUUUCGGCUCGAGCAACUACAAGCAACUUUUUCGUUUUUAGCAACUUUUUACUACACUCUUAGUAGCGAAAAAUGGUAUGACCCCCAGCUUUAGCCUCCUCGGCGCUCUGCAGCUUAGUGGGUUAACCAAAAACUCUGACAAUGUCUCUAGUUAACCCAUUGCGCCCCAGUGCACCCUACUUAUUUUUUUACUUGUUUAACGCCAGACGAUUUCACUCGUCAACAGGAGACUCUGCAGCUUAAUGGGGUAAAUAGGCAUGCAUAUUACAGGUAAACUACGUGAAGCGUUCCUCUUUUAAGUUCCUAACGUACUUGAUUGCAAUUUUCCUAAUUACCUUAGCAAAUUUGAAAAACUCCCUUGCAAAUCCCUUGAGGAAAUUUGCAAUGUUGCUAAAACCCAAUUAAAUUUUCCUCAGUUCCUGUUAGAAGUUCCUAACUUCCUGUUACAAGUUCCUAACUUCCUGUUCUGUUCUGUCUAGUUCUGGGCGUUGCAAUUGGCUAACAAAAAUAAUCGACCAAUAGCAACGCUCAGAACAGAACAGGAAGUUAGGAAAUUAAAACAGGAAGUUAGGAAAAUUUAAAACGAAGUUUGUUUGCAUUGGAAUAUUGCAACAGCCGAUAGGAACAUUGCAAAUUCCCUCAAGGGAUUUGCAAAGAGUUUUUCAAAUUUACAAACCUAAUGAGGAAAAUUCCAAAUGAGUUACGAAGUCAAAAGAGGAACGCUUCACGUAGUUUACCUGUAAUUGUUGAAAGCACAAGUAAAUGAAAGAUCUGAUGCCUUUUGCAACAAGUUUAAAGAGCUCAUUUCUAUACAGUAGUGUACAUUUAUUAUAUUGUCGGUGGUGGUGGUGGUGGUUUGGGGGGGGGGGGGUUACCAUUUUUUAGAAUUCAUGUGAAGGGGGUCAUUGAAUUUUUUUGUGAUGCAGGGCGUGGGGCAGGACAUUUUGUUUAGUUGGUAAUUGAAUUUUUCAGCCCACCCCCGGUCAUAAAUAAUGAAUGGUCCCUAAAAUUCAAGUGUUGUCAAUGCUAAUUACGACUUUCGCGGCAAAACAUUCGGCAGCUGUAAUAUUUUUUCCUAUAUCUCCGUUGCGUUUCAAAAUUUAAAAAAAUUACAGAAUCCGAAAGAUCUCCAUUUUUGUAUAUCUGGAUAAAUUAAAAUCUUAAAAUUGACAAAUUCGGGAUUUUAUCAUAUAUUGAAAGAAAUAUGAGGAAAAAAGCAAAUGAAAACGAGACCAUUGGGGUAAAAGUACAAUAAAUAGUACGGUGUAUUUUUCCGCAAAAUAAAACGAGCUUGCACCAUCUUUUACAAGAUAUGGUACUCACCUAUAAUCAUGAUCAUUAUGUUUCAGUUUGUUCUCAAACAUCCGAAGUAUUCCCAUCUCAGGCAUGUUGCAAACAUGAGCACUGCUAUCGAUCCAAACACUGAAGGUAUCUUUUUCUUUUUUUACUCAGUAGAAUUUGCAUGGAAACAUAUUCCAUAACUAAUUAUUGUAUUGUGCAUGGAGUACGCUAAUACUGAAUGACGUUUUUCUGAAAACUGAAAGAGUGAAGAAUUCAGCAAUAUAAGCUUGUACCGAUUUCGUACUGCUCAAAUCUAAAUGCAAAAUUUUAUUCGUGUUAUACUACCAAUAUUUUUGCAACUUUCUUAAUUCAUUAUAGAUUCCCUAUACACUUUUGGUCCAACUACAUAAAAGAAUGUGCAUAUUUCGAAUUGUAAGAAAACACUUCCUACGAAAGGGUUGUAUAUUCUAUUCAGCGCAAAUUGAGAUAAGUCGUACGAAUUCAGGGAGCAUAAUUAGACAGCAAUUUUUAAAAAUUCUGAAAAAAUUUCUUAUCACCUGCUAGAUCUUGUUGCAAAAUAUUAAAAAAUGCAAAACAUUUUUGAUCGUCUAUCAUUUCAAGUGGAUUGCAGCACGAAACAAAAAUAAAUGUUUGCUGCAGGAAAAUGAUUGAAACUUUCGUUAAAAAAGACCAGAAAGUUCAUAAAAAUAAUUUGCAUGGUUCACAUUUACAAGUGCAUGAAAUUAGCCAAUUCAUGGGAAACUAUGUGGAUAAAUAUCAUAGAUGCGAUAUAAUUUUGAUGACCAUCAAAAUAUUUACUAACUAAAGUUAAGAAGUAAAAUCGAACAAAACUUGGAUAUCUGUCCAAAAUUUAAUUUAAAAACACACAGUUGAAUUGCCAUUGCCAUUGGAAACCUCUCAAAGCCAAAUUGCUUAGAACCAUAACAGGAUAUCAAAAAUGUUUUUGGAUCCGUCCAAAACCAUUGAUAUCAUACACUGACAAAAAUGGUUUUAGGUGCAUCCAAAACCAAAGCUAAAUAAAUUCAAACAAACCAACUCACUUUAGCAAUUACAAAAGUGGUGUUUAAUGCGUCCAAAAUCAGCAGACCGUCCUUGUUCUACUGAACAAUCGGCAGCUUUACGUGAAUUUAAGGUUGCUCAAUUUAAAAAAAAAUGAAAAAUUUACGAUUUAAAUCCGCAUUUUCGGACGAUUAUUACUUGUUGGAAAACAAAUUUAUAGUAUCUUACAUAUUAUAUAUAAAGAACAUCUAAACAAUUGAGUUUUUCCACAAAAGUUACAGUACGUAGAUGCUGUUGCAACAAUGUAUUUUAAAGUAAUUUAAAGCCAAAAGAAAGAGAGUUUGGUGCUAUUUUAUGCAUUCAAGUAAAAUACACUUUGUUUUUCAACAAGUAUUCAAGUAAACAUUGUGCCUUGAUAGCUAUGUAUUCGGUCAUGGAUAAGAAAUCUUAAACUGAAUACUGUAUUAGUUUGUUUUAACAAUUAAAUUUUAUUUAAAAAUAUUUGUGAUUUAGGAUCUCUUCCGCUGGUCAAUUUGAUCGUGGGUCAAAUAAUCAAAAUGCACAAAGCUUACAUCAGAUACCUACAUGUUGGUGGGGAUGAGGUGAAUCACCCACUUCAAUAUUUUACUAGUGUACUGUUCAUCACGUGUCUAAAUAUAUACAAUAAAAUACACACUCUGCAUGCCAACACCCAAGCUACUUCUUUGUAAAUUAUAGACAAUUUAAUAUCUGUCCCCUCCCCCUAUCGAGGAACUUGGUACUCUUUUUGGAAUAAGGCCUGGAAUUCCUCAGGGGUAAGCAAAUUUCACUCUGAAAUUCUUCAGGAGUUGGGUAUUUUGAAUGAAAUUUUCUCAUGAUUCAAGUUUAAAAUUUUCCAUGGAUAAUGGCUGAUUUCUUCAGAGAUCUCUUUUACAACAGCAAACUUUCAGAGGUGUAGUAAAACCCCAGUCAUCGAUGGGAAGGGGGACUACUUCUUUUAUUUGGAUAACCCAAUGUAUUGUUUCAUAAACAUUAAUUAUAGGUUUGGAGUCUAAAGGAAUGUGCAGGAUGCAAGCCUCCCAGUGACGUCUACCUGAAACAUAUGUUACCGAUCAUUGACAAUGUCGUAGCGAAACAAAUCACGCCAAUAUUGUGGGAUGAUAUGAUGAGAAAUUGGAAGGUUGAUGAUUUGAAAAGUAAUCUUUCUUGCUACAUUUUCUUUCUUACUAGUAAAUUAUCUUUCUUGCUACAUUUUCUGGCUUUAGUUAUUGUUAAUGUUUAAUAUAUGCUGUUGGUGUUGAGUCGACGUUUCUGGAGACAGAGUGGGGCAGAGUGCUCGUGUUUCAUUUUAGCCUAUCAAUAUGCUUGCGAUCUCGAAAUAUCUACCUAAAAUAGGUAUGCCAUAGGCCCAUAGCGCGUAUAUGGCGUCUACUAGGUCUGAAACAUAGAAGGUACCAAAUGCAGAUAGAAUAGUUAGGCUAUUAAAUUUCAUACAAAUAUAUAGGUAUUUUAUCUGCAGCUUCUGCAGAAAAUCAGUACUGGAUUAUAGGUAUAAAAUAGUAACGUAUAUUUGAAAGAUGUUCAGUAAUCAGUCAAGGCUGCAUAAUUCUUUACUUUAAACUAUAUCGAAUAAUUCCAGUUUUGCAACAUAGUUUCUAUGCAUAAAUAUUAUUGCUACAGUAAGCGAUAUCUCUUCCAAAAUUUCUUCAUAUUUGUGUUCCUCGAUUGUUUGGAUGGUUUUAACACACAUUCAAUGGAGAGGUUUUUGUUUUGAAAUUAUGGCAAGUACUUGAUAAUCAAUUCCAUUCCCUGUGAAAGCAUUAUCAUUGUUGUUCUUGUUGUUGUCAAGUAGUGAUUUUCCAAUUAAUUCUUUUUAUAAAUAAAAAUGUUUCUUCCGGAUGACAGAAACCAUAUAUAACACAGGCUGUACAGCUGCAAUAUGUCAACCUUGGUACAAUAAUUUCUUUAAUUUAGUUUGUUGUAUACGUCUGCAAGUAGAGGACAUUUUUAAAAAUAAACCAAUACACAAUAAAAUAUGUACAAAGAGACCACUAACACUAUACUGUUACAAAGUGAUAUAUUUGGAAGAAAACAAAGAGAAUUAGAAAACAAUAGCAUAUAGAAUCAAUUGUAUAUAGCGUUUACUUCCAGUAAACGCCAAAAACGGUCAAUAUUCAGAUCCUAAUAAUUGAUAUAUCAACGCGGUCAUUAUUCGAUUACCCAUAAAUGGACAAUUUCUGGUCAAUAUACUACCCUCGACAUUCGACAAUCAAAUUCGUUUGUAGUUUGCAUAUUAUAUUAAGUUAUAUUUGCAUGUUCAUUGUUUGUUUUAGAGAUCUCUUCACGGGGCGUUGAACCAAUGGUUUGGGGUUAUCCACGUCAUCUUGAUCAUCAUUUCCCAGAAGGUAAGGAUCAAAUUGUCUAGGUCCAGUGUUACUGCAGAUGAAGACCGGUGGGUUGGCCAGUGGGAAGUAAACUUGUUUUGCAGUUUAUGUUGGCAAGCCCAAAUUAUGAGAAAGAAAGGGUAAAUUUAUUUAGUUCAUAAGUUUAACCUCACGUUUUAAGCUCGCCUAAAAGCAGUUCCUUAAUUGGUCAAGUGCAACUUGAAGCGUAAAGUCGCAACGCGAAAUGAUAAUCAUCAUAUCUGCAUAAUUUAGAAAUCGAACGCAAGUGUUACUUUAUCAGGAAAAAUACGUGCGAUAGUAUUUAGGUGUGUGUGUGCUGUUGGGCUUACUCAGAAGUUGGAACGUACUUUAUCUGUGAUAUAAUCUUGUUCGUCUGAAAUUACAGCAUAUUGUUUAAUACUGUAAUUAUGCUUUGCUGAAUUAUACCCUUAAUUCUUGAAACUCUGGGGCUGGUUGUAUAAAAAAGUGAUUAAAGUUAACAUAGUGGAAACGUCAUCCAAUAAGCGCGUAUUUGAGAGUUAAUCACUAUAUUUAACUACAAAAUAGUGAUAAAGAGUUUUAUACAACCGGCCCCUGGUGUAGUUGUAUCACUGGACAAAAUUUUGAAAAUCCAUAGAAGGUCAUAGAAUAGAAAUUGUAUGGACCUUUAUUGUCCAUAAUAAUUGUAUAUUUCCAUAAUAUGGAAAGAGAGUUAAGAAAUUCCUGUUAAGCGGGGUAGCUGAAAACGUAAAAGAAUGUCAAAUUGUUUCCUAUCUGAAACAACGGAAUAUAACACCUACAUAUAUUUCCGUUUUUCCAAGCAAAAGAAAAGGUACGACAUCGGCUAAAAUCCAUUUUCGUUCGGCCGAUUGUUCGUUAGUGCAACAACAAAAUUUCUGGCCUCAGUUUGUCAACUGCAAGAUUUGGCAAUCAAAAGGAGAAAUUAGAUCUAAUAUUACCCAUAACGGGAAGUUCUCAACUUAUGUAUAAUGGAGCAAAUAGAAGUCAGAGUUUCGUCACGUAAUUUUGGUUGCCGUGUGAGGCAAAGAAGGCGUACAGAAACGCGAGGUGUCAAUUAUAACAAUCUAACCCGUAUUAGAUGCACAAAUAAUUAUAAUGAAAAAAACAAAAAACAAAAUAAAGCUAUACUCCCGAGAAUUUGCUGCUUAAACGCACGCUCAAUUAAUGGAAAGGUUGAUGAACUUGCAGCAUUUAUGUCCAUCAACAAAGUUCAUAUAGCCGCAAUUACGGAGUCUUGGUUGACUGAUGAGAUAGGGGACGAUCAAAUAUCGAUUGGUGGUUAUAUGUAAUUCAUCGUAAGGACCGGACACAUGGCCGUGGGGGUGGGGUUUGCGUUUAUGUGUCUCAGCAGAUAUCCAUUACGCGAUACUUGGAAUUAAAAGAUUUAAAUCUAGAGUGUAUGUGGUUGUGGGCUCGACCACCACGCCUACCGAGACCGCUAUCUGCAAUCGCAGUAUGUGUAGUGUAUAAUCCACCGGACAAAAGUGUGCAAGAACAGAGGGAACUUUGCGAUUACCUUGUGUCCUCUAUUGAUACUAUACGCUCUAAAUACCCUGAUUGUGGCAUAGUCGUUUUAGGCGAUUUUAAUCGUCUCAAUAUACAGGAUUUAGUUACAAGUCACAACCUUAAGCAAGUCGUUACGCGUCCGACUAGACAAGAUUCAAUCUUAGACUAUAUUAUUACGAACUUGAAAUCCUUUUACAAAACACCGGAUAUUUCUGCUCCACUUGGAACAUCGGACCAUAACGUAAUCAUGUGGAUCCCAAAAGACAUUUUUAAGGAUAAUAAUAAUGCGUGUACAAAGCGCACUGUGCGUCGGUAUCCUCAGUCAGGUUUGAAUGGUUUUGGUUUAUGGUCAACCAGGAAUAAAUGGUUUAGUGGACUCGGACUCAAUCCAUCGUCGGAUGAGUUAGCGUCAUCUUUUACCAAUGAUCUGAACACUGCAUUCGAUCAUUUUUUCCCAGUGAACACAAUCAAAUUUCAUCCCACGGACAAACCAUGGAUUACUGGGCACACAAAGCAACUUAUUAAAGAACGCCAACGUGCUUUCCACACUGGCGACGCGCAAUUGUGGCGCCAUUACAGACGGAAGGUCCAGAUAGAGAUUAAAACUAGGAAAAAUAAUUUCUAUACCCAAAAAAUCCAUAACUUGCGAAAAGACGAUGUCCGUCAAUGGUGGCACACUAUUAACACAAUGUCAGGUAGAGCGAAAAGUCAACCUCAGUUUACAAUUGAGCGUGACGGACAGUUAUUAUCGGAAGGUGAACUGGCAGAGUCUCUAAAUGAUUAUUUCGUAAGUGUAGCAAGUGAUAUCCCACCACUAACAUUCUUACCAGCUGCGGUGCCGCCUCCUACAAUUCAUCCUCAUGAGGUUUGUAGUAAGCUCUUAAAACUUCAGACUAAUAAGGCUAUGGGCCCGGACAGUAUUCCAUCACGAAUUUUAAAAGAGUUCGCCUACGAACUUGCUGAGCCAGUUACAUCAAUAUUUAAUACAUCUUUGUCCUCUGGACUAGUACCUGUUUUAUGGAAAGAUUCUACCAUCAUACCCAUUCCUAAAGCGAAACAAACCCAGGUUGAGAGCGAUACCCGCCCCAUCGCACUUACCCCUGUGUUAUCGAAAGUAGUCGAAGACUUUGUGGUUAGUUGGAUGGUUGAGGACAUAGGUGGACAAAUCGAUAAUCGUCAGUAUGGCAGCCUGAAGGGAACAUCUACCACCCUUUGCCUUCUAGAUCUUAUCCACAACUGGCUUUCUAAAAUGGACAACCCAGGUCAUUACCUUAGAGCUUGCUUUCUGGACUUUAGCAAAGCUUUCGAUAGAAUAGACCACAAUAUUGUUAUAACAAAAUUGAUCGAUUUGGGAGUGCGCCGUUCAAUAAUCCCUUGGAUUUGUAGCUUCCUUUCAAAUCGCCGCCAGUGUGUUAAGCUGGGACAGUGCGUGUCCCGAUGGCUUUCAACUAGUGCUGGGGUUCCACAGGGUACCAAAUUGGGUCCAAUCCUUUUUGUCAUAAUGAUUAAUGAUUUGAAAAUAGUAUCCCCGCGUUCCAGUAAUUGGAAGUACGUAGACGACGUGACGAUAUCUGAGAUUGUUCCAGCAAGGGAGGUAUCUAUACUACAAAACGAAUUGGACGAAAUUGGUAAUUGGACAAGUACCAAUAAUAUGAAAUUGAACCCCAAAAAGUGUAAAGAGAUGAUUGUCUCCUUUCGACGAGAUAUUGAGCAGCCACCACCCACCUUAGUUGUUGAAACCAUUAGUCUUGAAAGAAUAGAAUCCCACAAAGUAUUAGGUUUAACGAUCCAGAAUAAUCUGAAGUGGGAUUUGCAUAUCAGUGAGAUAGUAACCAAAGCAUCAAAAAGACUACACAUCUUACGAGUUCUCAAGCGCAGUGGAGUUUCACCGUUUCAUUUACUACGAGUACAUUUUGCACUUAUUAGAUCCCUGCUUGAGUACUGCUGUCCGGUAUGGCAUUCAUCAUUGACCAUUAACUUGUCAGAUAAAAUUGAACGGGUCCAAAAGCGCACAAUGCGAAUAAUCUACCCCACAUUAAGCUAUGACGCUGCUCUGGACCAAGCUAAAUGUUCGACAUUACGCGCAAGACGUGAUGGUUUGUGCAUAAAAACUUUUGACAAAAUCAGACAGCCUGAUUCACGCCUUAAUCAUUUAAUACCACCUUCUCGGGCCAAUGGACACAAUUGUAAUUUAAGGUACGGAAAUAGAUUAACACUGUUUACUUGUAAGACGGAGCGCUUUAAGAAAAGCUUUUUUCCUACUAUGUGCAUUCAAUCACAUAAUUUAUAAAUUUUGUAAAUUUUGUAAAUUUAAAAGUUCUUUCGAUAUUAAUUCAUAGAUCAGUAAACUAUUGUUGUAAUAUAAUGCCAGUAACACAAGGUACUUUUUAAUACUUUUAACUAAAGUUUGUAAAUAAUUUCGCAAUUCGCUUUCAUCGAGCGCGACGAUUUUUAUAAUAAACCAUUAAUAAUAAUAAUAUACUAUGGAUUUAGUGGUGCAAUUGCAAAUUUCGUAGUAUGGGUUUCACUUUUUUCCCAGUGUAUCUUUAUAGAAAGUUGAAUGGUUGGAAACUUAACUGCUAACAUCACAGUAUUCUCUUUUAAAAGUUAAACGGUGACGUUCAGGGUAUGUUGCCUGACAGAUAUUCUUUUGUAGGAAUGUGGGACAGAUAUUCUCAAGCAUUUCCAACAAUCUGGAUUGCAAGUGCUUUCAAAGGUAUUUGUUUGUCUUAAUUUUUGAUAAUGACUUAAGGAAGAAGGAAGAGAUUGAGAUAGUGAUGCAUUUAUGAGUUAUUUGCAGUAGACAAAGUAUAGGUUUGGUGCUUUGGCUUGCGAACGAAUCCCAAGAUCCAUCACAUUCAUUACUAUUCCUAGUCUAUUGCCCCUUUCCAAUGUUUCCAAAUUACAAGCUCCAUUUUACAUGUAAAUGUUAUAUUUUUCAGCUGCAUGCUGUAAUUAUUUUCAUCAAUUCGUUAUUAUAACAAAUAAGAGGACACAGAGAAAGAUGGCGAAGAAAAGCGAAGGCUCUGUGUUUUCCUUGCAAUACAAAGGCUCUGAUAUAUAGCCUAUAUCUUUCUUUCGAUAAUCUACCCCCUAUUUUUUGGCAGCCUCACGUAAGAUUCAUAUUUUAGAGCACACCAUUUAUAAAAUUGGAGUUCAUCUAUUGGGACGAAAUGCAAGUUAUUUUAUAUAAGACGUCUUAGCAAAGCAAAAUCUUGAAAUCUAGCAAAAUUCAGACCAUAUUGAACACAGCUAUCAUACAGAAAAUAUUCAUAUGGUACAUCGCAUAAAAUAUUAAAGUAUAAUUAAGUGAAAUCGUAAAUUAAGUACAUACAUAUACACAUAAUAUAUUUUGACACGCUAAUCUCAUCAACAAUACUGCAUGUCGAUCGACUUGCUUUGAUCUGGUUUUGAUCAAUAAGGAAUACAAUUACAUUAAGAACAAAAUGGCUCAGCUUCACUCAUUGAAAGUGUUAUUAAAUAAUCAUUCUUUUAAAUGAGAUAAACGAGCCUGCUUGUUUUGCUUCAUAUAUGAUAGCUUAUUCCAAGCAUUAGCAUCGUGAGAUCUGAAACUCCCUUUACCAAAUUCUCUCUCUGGUUUGGAGAGUGUCAAGUCAGUAGAACUAUUGCGUAUAGAUUAUAGGUAUUUAAAUUUUCUCGCGGUGUGAUUGUUUAGUAUUUUGUACGUAAUGCUCACUUAAAUGCUUCUUGCCUAUGUAGGCCUACAAUAGAGGUUUUCAUUUAAUGGAUUCAACCACGUCCAUCGAUCGUACGUCUUAAGUUGCCUACUCUUGCAGCGGCACGGAAAUGAAAUUUUUGAACAUGAGCUCCACCUUUUACACAUUAUUAAAAAAUAUAAAAAAAGGUCAUCAAGUUUAGAUUAAUGUCAGAUAAAGAUUAGAUUAGGGUUAGAUUAAGAUUAUGUUAGGGUUAGAGCUCAAGGUGUGUCGUGAAUUUAUUGUAUUGAUAAUUUCGGACGUGUUUAACAAUUUACUCAUGUAAUAAAUUCAAAGGUGGAGCGCAUGCUGAAUUUUUUGUAGUUUAUACCCUUGAGCCCUAUACCACGUAUAUAUAGGGCCCUAUAGGGUCCCAAAAAAACCAAAACUAUUGAAAUAAUUUAUUGUUAGAAUUUAAAUGUCUCGGCACUCUGCAUGCUGAACCAACAAGUGCAUAAAAGCAUGACAUAAGUAAAUUUUAUGCAUAAAGAAGCUGUUUAAGAAGCUGCUUUUAACUCCCUGCAAGAGCAGAAAAUCGUGCGCUUUACAAAGAUAUUUUAAUUUCUUAAUAAAUCAAUAGUUAAUAUAUGCACCCUACUCAAUAUUUUACGCAUCUUUGCGUUCAGCUUAGUGCUAGGGCAUUAAGCUAGGGCACUAAGCCCAUUAUAGUUACAUUACCAAAAACAUAACAAGUUACAGAUGCCAAAGUGUAUCUAGUUACAGUUACAAGUUUACAGGUUUUUUUGUAACUUAGUUAUACAAAGUUACAACUUACAUUUAUUGAUUCCAAUUAAGAACGCAUAUAUUUCGAAUGGGCCCAAUGGUAAUGAAACUUGCGGCAAAAUUAUUGACAAAAUUAAUAACUAUUUAGAUGCAUCUGCACGUAUCUGUAAAAUUCUACCAAAUCGAUUUUUUAAUAAAAUUUGUCAACUAAAAAAACUCUGCCAUUAUACAGUCUGAACGAAUAGAUUGAAAAACGUUUAUAAAAAAUAUAUCCCUCAUGCACUGGUUAGUGCAUGGCUUCUGUCUUCGCAAUGAAAAAACAGAAACGUGAUCAUGACUGGGCCAAGGCCAAGUGAAAUCAGGCCAAAGACCAAUUAUGACGAGGCCAAGUGAAGGCGAGCGACGGCAUUCCGAUUAGUUCCUACUGUACGUAAAUUUAACGUCAAUCCUUGACUUAAAUUUGUCUCUUGAACGGACUCUGUUGUGUCUGAUUAAAUUAUUCCUGUGCAGAUGAUUAAGAGCUUGCCUGACUGUGUAUUGAUUUAUUUCAUGUCACAAACGUACACAAAGAGCAACGAACAAAAUGUAACUUGUUAGUUUGACAAAAUAACUUGUAAUCGUUUCAAUUUUAUGGCAUCUUUUGUAACUAGUUACCGUUACAGUUGCAUGUUGACUUCUCAAAAUGUAACGAAUAAUCGUUACCGUUACUGAAAAAUGUAACGAUUACUUGUAACUAGUUAUUUUUAACGAAGUUACUUACAGCACUGAUAUAGGAACUAUACGUUGAUUGACUAAGACAGGUCUGGAUUAUUGGAAACGUUAUUCUUAAUAUUAUAUGAGGAUCGGAUUAUCAUGUGUUUGCACUUUUUAGGAUGAAAUUAGUAUCUCCAAAACGAAAGGAAUUAAACAAUUAUUGUAAAAUAAUUAGCAGUACUUAGGCUAGCCUUCUCGUAUACCAAAAAUUUAUGUUAUCAAAAGGGGCCUUGCUUCAGAUGUCCUUAAAGAUAUAUUACUUGAACGAGGAAAAAAGCAUGUUGAUAUAUUUAUCUUAGGUGCUGACACAGCUUCAACAAACUUUGUUCCAAUCGAAGAUCGCAUUGAGAACCACAAAUCUUGGUUGAAAAUUUAUUCCAAGUUAUCUGAUCAAACUGUGAAAGUAAAUGGAAUUGCAUUGACUGGCUGGAGCAGGUAUAUAGGCCUAUGUUUGGCUGUAUUAGAAAUGUGUUAUUUAAUAAAUGUAAAUAUUGUAAAUAUUCAAAGUAAACAACAGUUAUUAAAUAUUCAGGUUGAGCAACAUUUAUUAAAUAUUCAGGAUGAGCAAAUGACUGUUAGUUUCUCAUCCUGGAUAUAUUUAAUAACUGUUGCUGAGUGACCCUAAAUACUUAUAAUAAAGUACUGUUUAAUAAACGAGCAGGAGUGUUUUAUUAGGUUUAAAGACACGAGCGCGCAGCGCGAGUGGCUUUAGACCUAAUAAAACACGACCUGCGAGUUUAUUAAACGGCUUCAAACACGACUACAAAUUCAAUAGAUAUACCGCCUUAUUAGUAUUCUUUAUAUAAAAAAUACUAAUGAGAACACGACAACAAUAGAUACUGCCUUAUUAGUAUUCUUUAUAUAAAGAAUACUAAUUAGGAGUGUUUUAUCAGGUUUAAAGCCACUGCACGUGACAUAUUAUGGUUGACAUGAUUUGCCAAUAAGCUUAUGAAUUAUUAAUGAGUGUUUGAAUGAUGUUUAUCCCACUGGCUUAUCCUGAAUUUAAAAGAUUAGUGUCACAUGAUAUUGCGGGCUCAAAUUCCUGAUGGGGCCAUUUUAUGUGCCGGGAGAUCAGCAGAUCUGCAAACUUUUUUCGUAAUCCGUCGUAUAUUUAAGGUGGUCUUCCACCCAAAUUUUCCAAUAUUCGUUAUUUUUUAGAAAAACGUAAAUAUGUAGUCUUCAUAGCGUUCGAAAAUAAAAUCAGUGAAAUUUUAAGAACGAAAAUGUACCGUAAACCAGAGAAAUCCAGCAAAUUCUACACCUUCGUAGGGUAAAACCACGAUUUUACCCGGAGCGAUAAAGAUAUGCGAUUGGUUUAGUCUAUUGUUCCAUUUUCAAUUAUAUUGUUCUAUCUAAGUUAUUCUAAAAUAUGCAAAAACUUUAAAAUCGCUUUUCUCACAUGAGCAUUUUGCGAAAUACUAAAAACUCUCCUACUGUUCAUACUGAAUCAAUUCGUUCGAAAUUUUCAGAGUUUAUUUGCUUGUUACAUAGCCGUGUCAUGGACCUAAAAAACGUCAUAUAGCAGCAAUAUACAUUGCAAGAGUAGCCUUAUAAGAACUCCUUUCUUCAUAUAAUUUUAAAAAAGUAAAAUAUGAAGGCCUUAUUAUAUUACUUGUAUAUUUUUUUAGGUUCAUGACAUAGAUCGAUGUAUUAAGUGUCCAUUAAAGCUGUUUCUAAAAUCCUCGGAAAAUUAGUUUGGCUUACAUCAUUUUUGGAGCAAACCCUAUAUUUUACCCUAUAGCGAGGCCUAUCUUAGUUACUAUGGCAACGACGAAUGUAAAAGUUACUGAUCCUGCGUCAGCUGAGGAUAUUCCAUCAUAUUUGACUCAAAUAUGAUGAUAAACGGUGGCGUAACGGGAGGGUGUCAGGGUGUCCAGUGACGGGGGGCCCCCGAACUUUAGGGGCCCCCGACAAAAAUGACCAUAAAAAAUUUGAUAGCACAUCUCUGGGGAAUUGAAUUACGAAAAACAGACAGAUAGGCAGCUACCUGUUGUGGAGUUGCUUAUUAAUGUGAUUAUGUUAUAAUUUUGCGAAAAACAAAUAAACAAUGCUGCGUAGCUUGCAAGUCAAACAAAAACGUGCAAAGUCUUAAGCUUUAUACAAAAUCUUAAGCUUUAUACGCCUUCCGACGCCGAUAAAAUAAAGUAUUUCGCAUUUCGUACUAGUACCACUGAAUUAACGAUUUGUAGUCUCUUCUUGCAAGCGAUGGCGCCGUUGACAAAACAUCAAAAAAGAUAAUUUAAAUGAUUUAUGAUAUUGAGAUGUAAUCCCUUGUAAUCCGUCAUGCAUAUCGUUUUUGCUUAGGCCAAAUUAGCAUAUAAACCUUUCUUGUAUAAGCAGUAAUAAUUUAUUAGCGUGAAUAUAAAUCAAUUCUUCAUACAAUUGAAGUUCAAGUGCAAGUGCAAGCGCAAGGGAAGUUCAAGUGCUGCCUUGACUCGACCUACAGCAGUACAGUGCCACAGUGAGAGUGCACCCUUGCCAUGUUCACAAAUGCUGUUAAUAGUAUUAGUCAUAAUAUCAACGGUAUAUACAAGCCAUUUAUGAUUUUUAUGGCCCAUAAAAACCAUAAAUUAUGGGCACUUGCUGGACAGUCGUAUGUGCAUGCGACAGUUUGGAGGUGUCGCGUGUUAGUAUUGUAUAAAACAAUGCCCUCAACUUCCAAGACAGAUUUACACGCUGAUUUAAAACAUAUGCUAUUGAUAAAUUUCCAGUGUCUUAUUAACAAGUAACUGAAAUCGGCAGAAACAGAUCAGAUCGCAGAAAUAAUCAUGAUAGAAUCGAGACAACUGCAUGUUGCCGGCAUGUACUGAUGUACAAUUAUGGUUAUUGGUUUAUAAAUUGUUUUAGAGAAGAAAAAAAAUGAAACGAAAGUAUAAAUCAGGAUCUGCAUAAAGGGCGGAAAAGAGAAGAAGUAUUCAAAUAGCUACCCAAAAUACAGCUCCUAUAGCCUCAUUCUUUGAAAAAGCUGAAAAUGUUGAAAGUGAUGCUGAAGAUACACCAUCAACAUCUUCCUUGGCUGAUGAAGCUCAAUUAAGUACAUCAAAUGAAGGUGUAGACAGUGGGAGCAUGAAGAAAAAUGCUGAAACUUCUAAUGAUCAAUUAGGACUUUUCAAUCUGGCCAAUGAAUAGCCUACUGACAGAGGGCACUUCCCAUCCUCAAUUGAAGAAGGGGAUUUAAAGAGACUUAUUCUUAGUCAUGGCCCAUGUAAACCUGAUGGACCAUUUACAGUGGAAGACGAACAAGGUAACAUAACAACAAACUUCAGCACAUCAUAUUAUCAACUCCACAGCAAGAACAAAAUGUGCCCGAGAUCAUGGCUUUGUUAUUCACCAAUAUUAGCAAAACCAUACUGUGAAAAUUGCUGGCUUUUUGCUGAUCGAAAUCAUCCACGUUUUGGGUUGCCAAGUGCAUGGGUAGAUGGAGUUCAGAGCUCAAAAAAGCGAUUGCUAGCUAAGAUAAAGAAACAUGAAAACUCAUUGCUCCAUAUUGAAGCAUCUGCUGUAUAUCUUAGAUGGAAAGAAGGGAAGACAAGUGACGAAUCCCAAAAGCAGAACCAACGUGAAACUAAUUUAUGGGUGAACGUUUUGAGAACGUUUUGGGUGUAAUUCUUUGUCUGGCCUCGUUAAGUCUUGCUUUGCGAGGACAUGAUGAAAAAGUAGGUGAAGGGCUUGCACAAGGAGGGAAUUCCCUGGGUGUGGUGACACUGUUAAGCGAAUUUGACACUAUUACUAAUGAUGCCAUUUUCUUACCUAAGUAUGCAACUCGAUACAUGAGCCCCAGAAUGAACUGAUUCUAACAACAUCUCAGCUGCUGCGAAAGUCUUUGGUCACUGAGAUAAAUGAAUGUCCAUUUUGGUCAAUUGUACUGGAUACCACAAGUGACAUAAACAGAGUAGAUCAGCUCAGUGUCAAUUUUCCAAUCCGAACUUCGUACUGAUAGGGAUUUUGAUAUAUUGUCAAUAAAAUACAAAUAUUAUUUGUGUUGAGGAUUCUUUGGAGGCAUAAACUCAACAAUGUAAUGGAUUGGAGUCCAUUCUGUAACCAAAUAUUAUGUAAGUGAGGAUUGCUGUUGUGUAGACAUAAGUCGUAAAUUCAACCUAUUUUUAGUGGAGCAAAGGGGGGCCAAAAGUGGCCGAUGGACGGAGGGCCCCCAGCGGUUGCGUUACGCCACUGAUGAUAAAACCUUAAAUUGAAAAAAAUGUUUUUAGGGUGGAAGACCCCCUUAAACCAUCCUUUACGAAUUCUUGCUUCUUUUAUUCUUGUUCGAACACAGCAAACACGGCGUUUUUAUAAUAAUAAUAAUAAUAAUAAUAAUAAUAAUAAUAAUAAUAAUAAUAAUAAAUAAUAAUAAUAAUACUAUUUAUUCAGGAAGCUCCACUCACCGAAGUAUUUUUCAGGGAGGUCCUGUAAUAUAUAUCUAUAUUAUAAUAACGGUUUAUUGACCGAGCGUGAGGUCUGUACUGUGAAAUAUCAGACCGAGGUUUAUUAGUAUGGACCGAGCGACGAAGGAGCGAGGUCCAUGCAAAAAACAGAGGUCUGAUAUUUCACAGUACAGACCGAACAAGCGAGGUCAAUAAUCGGUUUAUUAUAUGGCUGAACUGAGUCUGUCUGAACUGAGCAUAUGCUUUUUGCGCGAAUUAAAUCGGCUAUCGUCAGUUUCACUGGGUAACAAUAUACGGUAGGCAUGCAUUCUCAAUCAAAAACAAUUUGGUUGUUUGAAAUUUUUAUCUGCAAAUUUUAAUGUCACACAAUUGGAAAAUUAAAAAGUAAAAAUUUUUUCUGUUUGCAAAGCAAAAAUUUCCCGCCAGAUAAACGACAUCCGAGACACCGGUCCGGAUAUGGUUUUUUACGGACCGCUUGUCAACCAAUCAGAAUUGAGAAUUUUGAAAAGCCAUAUAAUAAUACAUGGUAAACUAUACUAUGAUUAUUUAAAAACUAUAAAAUAUUUACAAAUGGAUUAUAUAUAAUUGUACUUCAUAGUUAGAAAAAUACUCAACUGAAUUAGAUAAAUUGUUCAACUUAAUUAGAUAAUUUUUUUUAGUUUUGAUUUAAAGAGAUUAAGAUUAGUAGAUUGUUUCAGUUCAAUAGGUAAUGAGUUCCAUUCCGAUACCGAGUGAUAAGUGAAUUGCUGUUUUCCCCAAUUCGUACGUGGGCGUGGAAGGUAGUAGUUGUUAUUCUGGCAUGUUUUAUGGCUAUAUAUAUAUGGGAGAUUGUGGUAAGGUUAAAAUCAAGAUGGUUAACAUUUAAAGACAGAGAUACAACGGUAGUAUUUUCGACGUAGGUAAAGGGGUUUCCACUCAAGAGUUUCAAGGGCUUCGGUAGCGGAGGAAUGGCGAGGAAGAUCAAACAUACUUCUCGCAGCGUUAUGUUGUAGAACUUGAAGGUGGUUCAUUAGAGUGGAGUUGUUUUUGUCUCCCCACACGAUAUCACUGUAGUCAGGCCAAUAGAGGGAGGACAAGGCUGUUGUAGAGGGUGAGUCUGGCUUGUAUAGGGAGUAAGAAUUUUAUGCGGGGAAUAAGACCAAGGCGUUGAUUAAACAUCUUGCUGAUGUUGUCGAUAUGUUCUGACCAGGUUACGUUUGGUUGAAUUGUACCGCCUAAGUAUUUGAAGGAGUCAGUUCUAUCAAGUAUGGAAUCGUUAACCGUGAUGGAGACAUUUAUUUAUCACAUUUGGCGACUUUGCGAGAACUUCUGUAAAUUAUAAAUUUACACUUGGAGACAUUAAGUGUCAGAAGAUUGUCGUUAAACCAUCUGCAUAAGUGUUUUAGAUUGGAAUUUAAUUUAUUUCAAGAUCGCAAGCAUUAUUUGAAGAAAAAUAAUCACAGUAUCGUCAGCGUAUCACUGGAAAAAAUUUUGAAAAUCCAUAGAAGGUCAUAGAAUGGAAAUUGUAUCGACCUUUAUUGGAAAUAGAAUGGAUUUUGGUUAUCCAUAGUAAUUGUAUAUUUCCAUAGUAUGGAUAUAGUAUGGAAAUAGGAUGGAUAUACUAUGGAUUUAGUGGUGCAAUUGCAAAUUUCGUAGUAUGGAUUUCACUUUUUUUCCCAGUGUAUAAGGAUAUUUCACAAUGGUUGAUACAAGAAGGCAAAUCAUUAACAAAAAUAAGAAAUAGUAGUGGACCCAAAACACUACCUUGAGGAACUCCGACAGGAACGUGUUUGCAGGAGGAAACAGUGUUAGCCAGGGCGGUAAGUUGAUUUCUGUUGGUUAGGUAUGACUUGAACCAGUUGACAGAAUCAUUGGAGAGACCAGAUGAGGCAAGCUUUUCAAAUAAAAGAGAAUGGUCGACAGUAUCAAAGGCUUUAGCCAGGUCAAGAAAAACAGCUCCGGUUACUAAACCCUUGUCCAUGUUAGCCAAAAUGGUGUCCAUGAAAUGUGCGAGCGCAAUCUCAGUGGAAAGUUUAGGUCUGAAACCAAACUGUCGUGGUGUUAGUAUUUUAUUGUCGAUAAGGUAGCGGUAAACUUGAGAGUUAAGGAGGUUGCUUGGUAGAAUUCCGAUUUGGAUACAAAUUUCUUAUCUUAGUUCCAAUUUGGAUCAUAUGCUUGAGAAAUGAUCAUUCAAUGACUCAGCUAUAGACUUUGGGUAGGUAUGAGAAACACCAUUAGCUUCAAUACAAGAUAGCGAGGAGUGAGAUUUUCGGGACGAGAUGUCAUUUAACGUUUUCCAUCAAGUACUAUUGUUUCUUUUAUUCGUAUUGAUCCGGUUCGAAUAGUAUUCAGCUUUGCAUUUCUUAUCAUUAAUAUUGACGUAAGAUUUAAUCUUCUUCUACAUCAUCCAAUGACAGGGCGAAUUUGACUUAACGGCUUCGCGGUGGUGAUAGUCGCGAUCUUGCAUGCAUUGCGUUGCUUAAAUCAGUAGUAAGCCAUGGGGUUUGGAUUCCUUUUGUUCUCAAUUUCUUAAUUGGAGCAUGAAGAUCGGCAACGUUUGUGAACAGGUCAUUCCAUUUAGUUACAGCGACAUUAAUGUCUUGUUCUUGGUCAAUAAGAUCGAAAUUAACAUGUUCAAGAUCAGCGAGGAAAGAUUGCUUUGAAUAAGUCUUGUAGGAUCUGUAUUCUAUGACUCUUCAUGGUGCUUUACGUACACCAGCUUUAACGACGCAGUAGAUGAGAGAAUGGUCACUUAAGUUUACGUGUAGGACUCCAGAGGACACUAUUCGAUGAUUACUGUUGCGAUUAGGAGAUCAAUCAAUGUACUUUAGUUCUCAAGGUUUUUUUCUUGUUUUUUUUCUUCUUUUAUUUUUGUCGUUGUUGAUUUUGAGUAAGAUAAAAAUAAUAACAAAACCCCACAAUAACAUGGUGUGAGACUAAUCCUUUAAUGACUGUUGCUCAUCCUGACUAUUUAAUGACUGUUGCCCAUCCUGAAUAUUUAAUGAUUGUUGCUUACUCUGAAUAUUUAGUGACUGUUAUUCACCCUAGAUAUUUAGUAAUUGUUGAACAUCCAGAAUAUGUCUAAUGGUGUUACUCACCCUGAGUAUUUAACAACUGUCGUUCUCCCUGAAUAUUUUAUGUGAGCUGCAACUCACGUUAAUUGUUAUUUACCAAUUAUUCGCCGAAGGCGAGGUGCAUGAUUAUCGGUGAAUAAAAACCGAGACGAAGUCGAUGUUUUUAUUCGCGAUAAUCACCGAGCCUGAGGUGAAUAAUUGUUUUAGUAUAAUUUCAUAGGUAAUUAUGUGGGGGAAAAAUACACAUUUCUUCGUCAUUUAAUUGACAAAACGGCUUCGGCCGCCAUUUCGAAAAUCGCUUAUGUGAUUAUCGCGUUAUAAUCACUUCAACGGCAACCAAUCAGCGUGGAGAAUUUUCAAUAAUCACCUAUGUAAUUAUACUAAUGUCGGUUAUUCUCUCCCAUGCAUGAUGUAAAUGAAUACUGUACAAGCUGUGCACUCACUAUGCGUUACACUUUCUGCAAACCCAUGUAAAGCAUCGUACAUCCUAAAAGAGAGUUUAACGUCUAUUUAUAGUACUUGUAUAUGGCCGCGAUUUUAAACAUUCACUCGUGUUCCAAAUAAGUACCAGACUUUUUGUAAAUACAGAACAUAUAUUUCCCGUUGCCUAUUGAAGGAAAUAAAAUCUAAUAUUUUGUUUGUGUUUUUCUAAGGUAUGAUCAUUAUGCUACAUUAUGUGAAGUAUUACCAGCUAGUUUACCAUCCUUGGCGUUAUGCCUGGCUGUUUUGAAGGAAGGUGAGCUUUUUAUUUCUUUUUUACCACUUUUACCUUUUUUUACAAUUUUGGUGCCAGUUGUACGAAAGGCGGAUAGUGGCCGUUGGUUGGUAUAGCCCAGACUAAACUUAAGUAUUAUUGUACAUGCUGCUUCAUAUACUGUUGUCACGAGUAUAAUUUUUUUGAAAAACACCACGUUUACUUUUUCAACAACUCGUAUACUUAUCAAUUAUCUAAUUUUAAUAUAGUAUAUAUUAUAAUCAUACUCUGGGAGUUUAGAACAGAACCUAUAAAUUAAAUAAUAGUGCAGUCUUUGCAAUAUGCAUUUUUAUAUAGGUAAUAGGUGCACAUUCAUGCACGUGCACGGGUAUCGCACGCCAUAUUAAGUGUCCAUGCAAGGAGUGUCCCUGCCAUACACAAAUUUAAAAAAAGAAUAACUAGCUUAGCGUACACAUAUUUAUUUUCGUAUAUUGGCUGUGUUAGUCGAAUCCUCACAUCAGUCGUGCUUCAUUCAUUCGUGCAUUCUGGCGUAAAAUCUAAAUGAAUAUAAUUAUGUUUUCAAACCUGUAGGUGAUCUAUCAGAUCAAACCGUACGGAGUGUGUCUGAACAACUUGGUUUUAAAUCUCGUAUCAUUUUCAAUUUUUAUGAUAUUCCAAGGUAUGACGUAGAUAAAAAUCUACAGUUUGUUUUGACCAGUGGCAGAAUGUGGAGUCCAUGCAUCCGAAUAGAAAAAGAGCGAAAAAACGACGCGCCGACAAGGAAAGGGUCACUUCGCACGAACAAAUUCGCCUUGUGGAAAACGGGCUUUACUUUCCCCCUAUAGCAGGGGUCUUCAAACCAUGGGUCGCGACCCAAAAUUGGGUCGCUAGCACACCCUCGAAGGUCGCAAGGCUUGUCUUGGGUCGCAUGUGUCGCAAUGCUUGUCUAGGGUCGCGAACUUACACUAGUAAACUUUACAAGACGAGAGAUCAAGUGAUAAGAUGCACAUAUUUACAUAUGAAUAUUUCCUUGCGAAAUUUGCGAUUAUAAUGUUUUUUCACGAUUAUUAUGAAGCACUCAAGCGCUAGAUUGCUAGAAUAAUAUGGUAAACAGGUAAACUGGUAAAGCUUUAGAUAUAAUACCUUUUACUUCACGUAACUCAAACAUUAUGGCUUAGUACCACUCGGCGCGCCUUCGGCGCACGUCGUCUUCCGAAGUAGAGUCGUCGUCAUACACUCGGAAGCUUUCGGUGAAAAGCCAUAAUGUUUUUAAUUAUCGAAAGUUUUAUUGGCAGUGUUCAGGGUCGCGGGACACCUAUGAAGCUUGGGUUUGGGUCGCCGAAAAAAAGGGGUGAACACCCCUGCCGUAUAGUGUGUUCCUUUUCUAUGGUCUUUCCUUCACGUAGAUACGUCACAUCUUGUCUAAGUCUUUAGUAAUUUUUUAUGGUAAACAUGUUUCAACCCCAUUUGGAGUUAUUUUCAACCAAAUUUUACUGGGAGUUAAAUUACUCCUUGCGCAUAUCAAUAUAUUCACUGUGUAAAAACGAAUUGCUUAAAAUAACGCAAAAAUCGGUUGUCUUGGAUUCAAAACGAAUGUGAGACAGUUAAUUUGUCGGUUGUUUUAACCUAUUUGAUUGUGCAGUGUUUUUUUUUUUCAUUUAUAAUUCCAAUUUCCAUUGUGUACACCGUUUAAUGGACUAUUAUGCGACUUACUUGUUCCAGUAUAUACUCAGCCAUGGUCUAUUACAAAAUCGAGCAUUGUGAUUGGUUACUUAACCAUGAACCAUUACGUAACGGACCACGGUUGAGAAAAAUGAUUGCGUGGAGAACUUUCCUUUUUGCAAAAGUUUCGGGGAAAUUGUGUAGAAAAUUUUUUGCCCGAAGAACCAAAAAAACUACACAAUGGUUUGAAGACUUCUAAAGUAUAUAUAUGGACUAAAAAUUUAAAACUGUAUUUUAAUAAUAAAUCUGCUUUUACUUGCCACAAAAUAUGACACGAGGACACUGAUGGAAUUGCUAAGCACAUACUUUUGUACAUAUAUAUGUAUACAAGCAAAAACGUUGAAAUCAGUACAAGUGCUUGUAAUUACUUAACGAUAUUUUCCUAUAGUCUCGAGUGUUUUCUUGGAUUUUAUAUUUAUAGCAGUAAGAUUUGAAGGCUUCUUCCCCUUUAAAGUCUUUCAAGUCUUUUUGCGCUUCGAAAGUUCUCGCCUAAAAGCCACUUUUCUUUAGGUUAAAUGUUGUGUAUGCAUUUCAGGUGAUAAUAGUGUUUUACGUAAGCGUGUGAUGGUUGAAAGAAAUCAUUUAAACGCUCGUGCAUGCUUUUAAAUUUUAUGUGAAUCUUUCCAAUAGGCAAUUCCAGCUUUUAAUUUAUGCGUGCAGGGGUGCUAAAAAUUUCAAUAAAAACUGCCGAAACAACCGAAAUAUUUCAAUAUUUACAAGUAUAAGUUAUCACUCCGUGUUCGCACGGCCACCAUUUUUAUUUUUUCAGCAUAAUCAGCAAUAUGAUAUCUUACUUCCCAUCACCCCCUGCACGCAUAAACUAAAAGCUGGAAUGCCUAUUGUGCUUGCAGCUAGUCUGUAUUUUGAGUAGUGUACCAGGUGAUCUUGAUACGCGGAAAAGUACUGGCACUAGUUGUCAAAUAGAAAUCCAUUUUAUGAUUAAAACAACUGAAUAUCUCCUGUAAUAUACUUUAUUUCGAUUCCAUAUUUUUGUCAGAGCUAUAGUUCUCAUAACCAAACAUAAUUACAAAAUUUCAACUAGUUUCAUAAAGAAUAGUGAAAGAUAUAAUUGACUGAAUACAUCAAAAUGGAUUUCUAUUCGGACAACCCUUUCUGAGCGCUGAUUGGCUAAAAUACGAACACGAGAUCACCUGGUAUACUAAAACAAUCAGACAACUCGGCCUCCGUUAUCUAUGACGAAUAGUCGUCGACUAUUCGCACAUAGGUUGAAUGAUUGCGACAAGAAUUUGCCACGCCCUUUUCACUAUAUAAUGACAGGUCAUGAGCAAAUUUUUCCAAUUUCUAGAGAUCUCCAGAAUAGAGAUGAAGGAAAGUUUCUUGGUCAUAGUGUUUAUGGAAUAGUCUUAGUUCUACGGAGAGCAUACAACGCUUUAGAAUCUGUUGAGAAGCGGUAAGUGAGGUUUGGUUUUUCCACUGAUGUCUGAGACGCACUAUAGUAUGGUAUUAAUAUAUCAGCCGGUUUUCCCCCAUCCAGACCGCUCUAACACUCAACCGGACGAAUCUGGUUUCGUGCCAAACCAAAAAGAGGAGUGUAACACGUUUUAAACUAAAAACUCUGCCCAAAAAUUAAAAUACGAUGGCUCAAUACAGUUUUUAAAAAAAUGGAAAAUUCACGAUUUAGAUGCGUAUUUUUGGACAAUUAUUACUUGCUGAUAAACAAAGAGUACUUUACUUAUAUAAAGCAACUUGGAAAGAGUAUCAAUUUUUGCACAAACGUUCCGCAACUGCCGUUGCUAUGGCAACAAUGACGUUUCAAGAUGGCGGAUAUUUUGACUUUAAAGUAAUUUAACUCGUAAACGACACCGGUGACCCCCAAAUUUUAUGUUGAAAAAUUAUUUCUCUUUAUAUUGAAUUACGUUGACAAUUUUAAAAAAUUCUGUGGAGCCGAAAUUUUUAAAAUUACGUAAAGGUGAUUAUUCAUAAUAAUUUGUUUUUGGCUCCACAGAAUAUUUUUUUUAAUUGUCAACGUAAUUCAAUACUUUUUAAAAUAAAAUUUGGGGGUAACAAAUGUCGUUUACGAGUUAAAUUAUUUUAAACCAAAAUAUCCGCCAUCUUGAAACGUCAUUGUUGCCAUAGCAACGGCAGUUGCGUAACUUUUGUGCAAGAAUUCAAACUCUUUCGAAGUUGUUUGAUAUAAUUGAGGUACUUUUUGUUUAUCAACAAGUAAUAAUUGUCGAAAAAUACGCAUCUAAGUGAAUUUUCCAUUUUUUUAAAAACUGUAUGGAGCCACCUUAAUCUAACGAUGGCUAGAAUACGAAAAUGAAUUGCAUCAACUUCAAACGACUUCGUCCUAUGCACAAUGUACACUAGAAUUGGCCAGAUAUUGACUGUUUGACCACAUGCCGACUCUGGUUAUUAGUUGGGCCCAUCGCAUAAAUUUGGAAACGGGUGAAAGUCUCCAUGGCGGUUUCAAUCAUCGAGGAGCUUGUUCUUGUACUCAUGAUAAAGCACAACGUCAACGAAGUAGGCCCUGUCGUAAUACAAGCAAAGUUUUCAUGUUUUUCAUAUAACGCAGCCUCCACCAAUGCAAAAUACUGUCAAUUUUUACUUAUAGUAUACCAGCUUGGUUUAAUCACAGACAAACUGUGACAUCAAAGAUCAGUAUUUAUCAACUAACCAUAUCUCUUCAAAGAAUUGAAAGGUAAUUACAUCUUUACAUUUACGUUAAUAUAAUGUGUUCCUUCCCCCCCCCCCCCAAAAAACUUUUAUCCCCACACUCCUUUUUUUGACAAUGUGCACUUAUUCCCGGAAAAAACAAUCAGAAUAUUGUUCCUAUUUUGAAAAAAAUGGAUCAUUAACAAGGUGACGCCCAACUUCAAAAACCGAUACCCGCGGCUUUUAACUUGUUUAUAUACUCAUCAGACCAUUACUCAUAAGCCCCAUUCGGGAUCUCAUAGGGUCCAAAAUAUUGUGUAUGGACCAGAUUUUUUUCAAUUUUCUGUGAUUUACAUAACACUAGUUAUAAUUUAAGGGUCAACCAGUAUUGUUCAAGACAUAUUUUCCUUCCAGAACACCUUUUCAAAAUACUAACCCAAGCAUGUCAAAAAUAGUCUACAUUUACAAGGGCAAUUUCAACCCUUUGGCACAUUUUUCCCUUGAAUGAUUUUAAUUCUAAUAUAAAGACUAUAGAUAAAACUUUGAUUUAAAGCUAGUUUCAAGUGAUUAGCAUACCCUAAAUUUUAGGCUAUACCUCAAAGAAGAUAGGUCAUUUCAACAUAAACAUUGAAAUAUGGGUAUACUGACAGCUCUGUCACACGUGUAGUUUGACAUUAGCAAACCUUCUGAAACAUUUUAAUGAAAGUAUAAUUCAAAGUUCACAUUUUCACUUACUUCUUAACAUCUGUUUUAAUCCAACUAGCUCUGUAGGCACCAGCAAAAUUUAGUGUUGAUGUAAAUAUCCAUUUUGUUCAUGUUUCCCCGGUGAAAAUAUAGUCUAUUCCAAAUAAUAUUCUUCGAAAGUCUAUAUUUUUGCUCUUCGACGCGAAAAUGGAAACUCAAAGAAGAAAUGAGCCGCUAUUUUUGGUCAGCGUCGACAAAUUGCCUACCUGUUCGAAGAAGCGGAAUAGCUCCAUUUUGGAACUUGAUCGUUUCAGCCCGGGCUGAGAUUUCGCCCCGGUUUGAAACAAAUUUCAGUUUGGUUAACCGGGUUGAAAUUCAUCCCGGGUUGAAAUUCAGCCCAUGCAGGCUGAAAACUUCCCAUGUAAUCAGCUCCUCAGUUGUGUUCUUUUCAUAUUAAAAAUAUAAACAUCAAAAACGCCAGUAACAACCGUAGUACAACAAAAACGACAGCAAUAGCAGCCACAAACAUAUCAGUAACAAAAACCACAACUCUAUACGUUUGUAUUUAGUUCUGCUUUGAUUUUUACGUUCUCUAGUGCAACUAAACGGCUCACAGAAUUAACUAAGCUGGUGAAGAAAAAGUUUUCUAUAUUUUAUAAUGAUGAAAUGACUAAUGAAUGGAUAUGGGACAAAAUAAGAAGCAAAUUAACCCGUGCUGAAGAAAUGAAAAAGUAUUUAAAGGAAAUUCAGAACGCUACCCAUCAGACUGAGCAGUAUGCAUUGAAACCUCGGAUUCAAGGCCGUUAAGCUUGUAGGGAGUGUCAGCUCUAGAAAAAAGUUGCAGAUAAUGACAGAAGCUGGGCGUCAUCCUUCCAUCCAGUUUGGAACUAUAUGUGCAGUGUAGUUGGCCUUCAACAUGAGUUCAUUUAAAAUCGACUUUAUAAUUGGAAACGCUGGCUUGCUCCCAUUAUUUUUCGAUUCAUAUCAAAUUUUAGAAUGAGACGUAUAGUGAUUGAACGUGUAUGUAGCAGUGUAAGCAUGCAUGUAAAACAUUUCCACCUAUAAAUACCGUUCAGUUUCAUUAUAACGCUGUAUAAUUGUCGUCCUGGUGUUGCCAAGACAAUCUUAGCCAGAAAGCUAGCAAUCUGUAUUACAAGUCUGUUUACGAUUUAAUUUGUAGAAAAUUGCUGGUUUUAGUGCGCGGAUAUUUAAUGUCGUAUUACGAUACUGUAACUAUACUUACUUAUAGAAAGCGAAAAUAAUGCUUCAAACAAAAUAUCCGGCGUUUUGGAAAACAAUUCCUUUUUCCAUGAAGAAAAAGUUGGUGAAAUAGUAGAAAAUAGUAUAUCGUAAUGCUUAAAACAAAAUUUACGUUUCGCAAGAAAGUUUCAUUUUCCCUGAAGACAAAUUUGAUAAAUUAGUGGAAUAUACUAUAGCCGCUCGCUUUUGUAGAUCUCUCAGUUAUUCAUUUUCGCUGCGCAUGAUCCCGCUACUGAUCUGUGAUCUUUACUGUCUGCUGAGGCAGCAGUGCUGACAAUGCAGCUCGAGAUA